AUGGAGUUAGGGCAGUUUGUGCAAUACAUGGCAGAUAUGGACAUGGAGGCCCUGGGUUCGAACUGUGCGAAUGUGUAUUAUAAGCACCCGCAGGAUCCAAAUGGUGUGGAGAGACUAGUCACACGCGCGGGAGACAGAAUUAUGUGCAAGCUGAUGUCUGGGGCAUUAUUCUUUCUAUACCAAAGCAACGCAACCGCAAAAAUCCAAGGAAUAGACCACACAAAUGAUGAAACGUUGAGGGAGUACGUAAGAUGUGCCAUACUGAAUAUGUUUGCAAAGUUUUUAAAGCAGUCAGCGUGUGACGGAAAAUGGGGUUUAUGGUACGCAUGGUACACAGUGGAAAGGGAAAUGGACGAAUCCAUGGGAGGAGUAAUGAAAAGGGUGAAUUGUGCAAAUGAAGUAUAUCAAAAUAUUCAAGCUGCAGGAUGGUCUAUGGAACAGAAAAUUGCAACAUGGUUAAGUACGGACCACAAACUAAAGGACAGAUUGGGCAAAGCAGGUGUAAGCAAUAUCUGUAAAUGGGAACUGGAUAAGGACGGGCACAUCAAAGGCCGAAAGGGUACGGCACAUGUAGACAAUACGACGCACAUGAUAGCCACAAACGUAACGAAGCCAUUGACGGAAGGUAUAAAGGAAAUUUUGGUGGACAUUAAGAAGGAAGUUAAGGAGACCAUACAACGCGGGCUGCAUACUCAACAGGCCCCGGGAGUACAAGGGGUACAGACACCGUCGCCAUCACCACCAGGUAGGUCAGAUCACGGUAGUGGGGAAUCGUCCGGGUCCGCCCCUGCAAUAUCAGGAGCUAAUGAGCCGGCAACCACACCAUCAUCACAGGUACCGAUAGCAACGAAGCCGGACGCACCCACACCACAAGCCGCCAAGCCGGCGGCAACCAAACCAGCGACGACGAAACCGGCAACAGGGGGAGGAGGAGACCAGAAAGGGGCGAAGCCCUCGGCACCGUCAGCAGAAGGCACAUCAGGACAAGCAACAUCUUCGACAAGAUCACGAUCAGAUGGCUCAGCAGGAGAAGACGUCGUCCAGUCACAACCGACUACAGGACACGUACCAGCACCCCCACUUGCGGCACCAGGACGACAGACGCCGCAGGAAACUACAGACGGACGUUACGGUAAGGAAAAUGUACCCAGGGCAAAGUCAGCAUGUGGCACGCAGACCCAGACUGAGGAUAAGAAAGUAGGUCACGCUAAAGUCAGCGUCACAAUCAGUACCGUGGAUUCCUCAUACCCUGGAUGCUCAGGCAGUAGUACCCCACAUAACGAUGCUACAGGAGGUGCAACGAACUCGGGAUCCUCAGCCACAACGGAUCCAGCAGCCGCAGCACCGGCACCACCAAGGGAUGCAGCACCACCAGGAUCAUCACCACACCAGCCAGCCCCAGGGCUAGGGCACAUGGGUGCAUCUGGUUCCAAUGGUUCACCCGGUGCAGCAGGUGACAAGGGAGCUAAUGGUAAGCCUGCUGCGGCAACUGCUUUCGGUGUCGGCGUAUUACCAGAUUUUCCCUGGGCAAAUAAGAACCUGGACACGGUAUCUGGAGGAUUUGCACCCCCGUACCCAGAACAUAAAGCAUCCUCCCCAUCAAAUACAAACUUAGGUACGGGCAGCGGGGGCCCAGAUGGACCCGACCUAACCGGCACGGUCCUUACCGCCACUACUCCCGUACUCUUCUUUCUGUCCGCCGUCAUCGUGGCCCUUCUUGGUUAUUCCCUUUGGAAGUACUUUGCCUUCCUCGGACAAAAACGACGAACGUUUCGCACCGUUCGUGACGUGCCGUCACCGCCACUCGACGAAGAUAUAUUGGACCAUUUACAACGCGGCGAACUACCACCACCUGAUUACGGGUACACGAUGAUUAGGGAUACGCGGGCUGCAUCUGCUGCCGAACGACGACGACGUCAUCCACGCGUGCAUAAACGCACGAUCAUCGAGCUACAUCUAGAAGUGCUCCACGAAUGUGCAGCGGCCGCAUGGGAAAACGUCAAAAACGACUAUUGGCAGAUUGUAUUGCAGGAGUUUGCACAGGAGUUGAUGCGGGACGCGAAGGGCUAUAGUAGUUUCCCGGAUGCUCCUAGCACAAACCAGGCUUUAUCAGGGACCAAUGCAUCCUCCACUGACUCCGAACAAACGGACCGUUGUCCACCUAACGCAGACGACCCCGAUCCAUGCAGUGGUAUGGAAACCAUACAGUUAGCAACGGACAAUUGUGCACCGAAUGAACACGACCCCGAUCCUUGGAGUUGUAUGGAAAACAUACAGUUAGCCACGGACCCGUGUCCACCUAACGAAGAUAAGCCCGAUCGAUGGGGUUGCACGGAAACCAUACAGUUAGCACGGGAGCGUGCUCCGCCUAACGCACAUAAUCCGUGCAGUUGUAUGGCAACCAUACCGUUAGCAACGGACCCUUGUCGCCCUAACGAAGAUGACCGAUGGAAUUGUAUGCAAACCAUACAGUUAGACCAUGAACAACAUCGCCCUUCCGACCACGGUGACGAGACGUCGGCGUGCACCCACUGGAUUAACUGGAUUGACCGCAACAAACGCAUAUUGCGUGCGUGCACGACGCAGCCGUGGUUUUUGCAAUUAAAAGCGGAAUGGAAACAAUAUUAUCAACAACAUGCGCCAGACGACGUAUCCGGCAAUAGUGAACUCGGUGAAGCGGCAACCGUGCCGCUGAAGAACCUGGAUGCAUGGAAAGGAUGGGUCGCACAGCAACAUGCGCUUAUGCAUAUAUAUGCUGAGGCGGAGUGGUUCCAACAUUUGUUGAAUAAUGUAGAGGACGAGACAGCAUCGCACAAAGGCGAAGUAUCAGUAGUCGAAAAAGACUUAGAAGUGGAAAAAGUCAUGGCCGCAGAAGAUGUGCUACACGUGCGAGAUGUACCACGCACGCAACUGCAUAAGCAACCGGACAUGACAAAACCGUUAACCGCUCAAACAUGGAUACUGCUCCUUGCAUUAGUCAUAGAACAGUGCGAGGUCGAACGCAGUUUGCAGGAGAAGGAGUUAUAUGUAGAUGCCCUAUUGCAAACGUGUUAA